AUGUUGGGUCUGAUAUUGAUCUUUGUGAUAAUAUUAUGGUUUAUAUUAUGGUUACUGCAGGUUUACUGGAAAUAUGGAAUGAGUAAAUAUCUUAAGCAAUUAUCCGGACCAAAACCUGUCUUCCUAUUGGGCAAUCUGGAUGCAGUUUUGUUUUUGCCCAGAGAAAAAUAUUUUUCGAAGCUACAAGAAUUUAUAAACCAAUAUGGACCGAUGUUUAGAGUACAGGUGGGGCCUAAGCUAGUUGCCGUUAUUUGUACCGAUGUUAAAUUUGCAGAGUUUAUUCUAACUUCUUCCAAAACAACAGAAAAAUCUCUGGUAUACGGAUUUCUUCAUGGAUGGUUGGGAACUGGUCUCGUCACUAGUACAGGAACAAAAUGGAAACAGCGUAGGCGCAUGAUUACUCCAACUUUUCAUUUCUCUAUUCUGGAAAGUUACGUUGACAUAUUUGAUAGAGUUGGAGAUAUUUUUAUUGAAAAAUUAAUACAACAAGUAAAUACGGCAUCAUUAGAUGUGUUUUCUUUAGUUACUUUGUGUACUUUAGACAUUAUUUGUGAGGCGGCGAUGGGUAUUCAAAUAAAUGCACAAGAAUCUCAAACAUCAAAAUAUGUAAAGUCUGUAAACACAAUGUGUGACAUAUUUAUUGGUAGAGCGACCUCUCCUAUGCCAAAUUUUUUGUACCGUUUCACGCCAAAUUACUAUAGAGAACAGAAAGCGAUCAGGGUAUUACAUGACCAGACAGACAAAAUCAUUGAUACUAAGAUCAGAGAAAAAUGUAACAAUGGAAACAUACAUUCUAACCAGCAGGAUAAGAGUACUAGAAAGAGGCUUGCAUUUUUAGAUUUACUGUUAGAGAGUACUAUAGAUGGUAAACCAUUAUCUAGACUGGCCAUUCGAGAAGAAGUGGACACGUUUAUGUUUGCGGGUCAUGAUACUACCGCAACAGCCAUAAGCUUUGCUUUGUAUUGUUUGGCAAUGAACCCCAGAGUACAGGAACGAGCAUUUAUUGAACAGCAGGAAAUGUUUGGCACAAAUUUAAAAACGGCUAAACCCACUAUAAAUCAGCUUCAAGAAAUGAAAUAUUUGGAAAUGGUAAUAAAAGAGUCUUUACGAUUGUAUCCUUCUGUACCGUUUUUAGGCAGAGCAAUAUCUGAUGACGAGGAAUUUAUAUGGGAAGGUAAUGUCUUUAGAAAAGGUAUAGAGGUUUUAAUUUGUAUUUAUCAUAUGCACCGAAACCCGAAAUAUUUCCAUGACCCAGACACAUUUAUUCCUGAACGAUUUGAAGAAGUUAAUAAAUACAAUAGUUUUAUAUUUCUGCCAUUCAGUGCUGGAUUUCGAAACUGUAUAGGUCAGAGAUUUGCAAUGUUGGAAAUGAAAAGUAUUAUUUCAAAGGUUUUGAGGAAUUUUGAAUUACUUCCAACAGAUCCACCACACGAAGUCAAAGUAGUUCCAAACAUUGUAAUUGCAUCCACAAAUGGAAUUCACUUAAGAUUAAGAAAUAGAUCUGAUUAAUAAAAU